UCCAGAUGUUCCACGCCCACUUGGUGCGACUUCGUCGGCCUCAACACUAACGUAAAACCACCGGCAACAGCCGGUCAAACCUCGACUUUGUUAGGAGCGACUAGUUGUGACUGCAGGUGUCUCCAAGUCCAACCCACCUCCACCACCACCUCCGCCUCAGCCUCCAGCCUCCAGCCACCAAAUCUAUUGCGGUCGCCUCUCCUCAACCCCCCACCCCAACUCCCCUGCCCCGCCCGUCACUCUUUAUUUGGAUCACCCACCUCUAUAAAUAGAUAGGGCUGGAGAGACGAGGGACGGGGAGAUCCAUCGGUGGCGGCGGAGAGAUGAAGCACCUUCUAGAGGUCGAGAAGGGACGGGAGGCCACCGACGGCCGACCCUCCGUCGGUCCCGCCUACCGCAGCGCCUUCGCCAAGGAUGGCUUCCCCCCGCCCAUCCCCGGCGUCGACAGUUGCUGGGACGUCUUCCGCUUGUCCGCCGAGAGGCAUCCCGGGAACCGGAUGCUUGGCCGCCGCGAGGUUGUUGAUGGGAAGGCGGGUGAAUAUGUCUGGAUAACUUAUAAGGAGGUGUAUGACACUGUGAUCAAAGUUGGGGCUUCCAUCAGAAGUCGUGGGGUCGAUCAGGGUGGUCGCUGCGGUAUCUAUGGUGCUAACUGUCCCGAGUGGGUUGUUAGUAUGGAGGCAUGCAACGCUCAUGGGAUAUAUUGUGUCCCUUUGUAUGAUACACUUGGUGCUGGUGCAGUAGAAUUUAUUUUAUGUCAUGCGGAGGUUCAGAUUGCUUUUGUAGAGGAGAAAAAGAUCGCAGAGGUGCUGAAAACUCUUCAAAAUUCAUCCAAAUUUUUGAGAACAAUUGUCAGUUUUGGCAAGGUCACCCUUGAACAAAGAGAAGCAGUUGAAAAGUCUGGUUUGGCAAUAUUCGAGUGGGAUGAAUUCUUGCUCUUGGGAUGCAAUAAUCAUUUUGAUCUGCCUGUGAAGAAGAAGGAUGACAUAUGUACCAUUAUGUAUACCAGUGGGACUACUGGUGAUCCCAAGGGUGUCAUGAUAUCCAACAAUAGCAUAAUUACUCUUAUCUCUGGGGUAGAUCGCCUUCUUCAUUGUGUGAAUGAGCAGUUGCAUGAAGAUGAGGUUUACAUGUCAUAUCUCCCCCUUGCACAUAUCUUUGACCGUGUGAUUGAAGAGCUGUUUAUAUUCCAUGGAGCUUCAAUUGGAUUUUGGCGUGGGGAUGUCAAAUUAUUGGUCGAAGACAUUGGGGAGUUGAAGCCAACCAUCUUUUGUGCUGUUCCACGUGUGCUGGACCGCAUUUAUACAGGACUGCAAACCAAGAUUUCCUCUGGAGGCAUGCUGAAGCAGACAUUGUUUAACGUCUCUUAUAAAUACAAACUUCAUAACAUGAUGAGAGGAAGUAAGCAUGAUGAGGCAGCUACAAUUUGUGAUAAAUUUGUAUUUAACAAGGUAAAACAUGGGCUUGGUGGAAAUGUCCGACUCAUCUUGUCUGGAGCAGCUCCUUUAGCUACCCAUGUGGAACAAUUUCUACGAGUGGUGACAUGUGCACAUGUUUUACAAGGCUAUGGUCUUACGGAGACAUGUGCUGGGACAUUUGUGUCAUUGCCUAAUGACCUUUCCAUGCUAGGAACGGUAGGACCACCAGUACCAAACGUCGAUGUGCGUUUGGAGUCCGUUCCCGAGAUGGGAUAUGAUGCUCUUUCAGAAGUUCCUCGUGGAGAAAUCUGCAUCAAAGGAAAUACUUUAUUCUCAGGUUACUACAAAAGAGAAGACCUCACAGAAGAGGUUAUGGUUGAUGGAUGGUUUCAUACAGGGGACGUUGGUGAAUGGCAGCCGGACGGAAGUAUGAAAAUAAUUGAUCGUAAGAAAAACAUUUUUAAACUUUCACAAGGAGAAUAUGUUGCGGUUGAAAAUUUGGAGAACAUAUAUGCCCUUGUUUCUGGUAUCGAUUCGAUAUGGGUAUAUGGAAAUAGUUUCGAGUCUUUCCUCAUUGCUAUAAUCAAUCCCAAUAAGCAAGCUCUUGAGCAUUGGGCUGAACUGACUGGUAUUACUGGGGAUUUUGCAACGCUCUGUGAAAAUCCAAAAGCGAAAGAAUACAUUCUGGGGGAACUAACUAAGAUUGGGAAAGAAAAGAAGUUAAAGGGCUUCGAGCUCAUUAAAGCCGUUCACCUGGAUCCAGAACCAUUUGAUAUGGAGCGUGAUUUGCUAACCCCAACAUACAAAAAGAAGCGGCCACAGCUACUAAAGCAUUAUCAGAGUGUAAUUGAUGAGCUGUACAAAAGCUCCAAGUGAUUGGGUGGUUCUCAAGGCAGCCACCACCGGGUAUGCAGCAGCAGCUCAGAUACACACCAUUUCAUCUCGUAACUUAACAAUCGUUCAAUGUUUCUGCUGCUUUUACUCGUGUGAUGUCUUAUUGGAAAGAUUCUUCAUGUUGAGUUGGUUGAAGUUUCAUCAUGAGAUGUAAGACACGCUUUGACACCAUUUUCAUCACAAGAGCAAAUACAUGUAAUUCUAAUAAUAAUCUCCAUGUAUGCAUGCUAGUGUAAAGCCUA